AUGGAUGAAACAUAUUUACAUUUUAUUCUUGAUGCUCUAAAAAUCGAUUUACUUCGGAGUUUUGUCAUUAAAAUUGUAAAAUAUGAUCAUAGGCGAUUGAAAACAAGCAAUAAAAUUUUAAGAAGAAUUUUUUCACAAAUUAAUCUACGUAAGCUUGAUUUUUAUAUUCGAUAUCAAGGAUUGAAAAAUCUUAUCUGGCCAACCAAUUGUUCAAUUAAACAAUUAACAAUAAAUGAAUGGAUAAAUUUUUAUUAUCUAUGUCAAAUAUUAAAAUGUUGUCCACAAUUAAAAAUAUUUAUUUUGACUAGUGGUUUAAACACAAUGAUCAAUGGACGUAUUCUGACGCCGACUCUGUCACCAUUAUUUCAACAAUUAAGAUCACUGAUACUUGAACGAUGUGAUACUGAUAUUAAUAUAUUGGAAUCAUUUCUUAAGCUUAUGCCCUCGCUCAUUCAUUUAAAAGUAAUCAAUGAAAAUAGUGAUCUAAUUUCCUACAUGGAUAUCGUUGGGAACAAAUCAUUCAGAAACAUUUACCGCAAUUGA